AUGUCAAAACAUGAACGAUCAUCAUCGCAGACCGACGAACUUCGACACCCACAUACAAAGCGUGCGAAGGAGAUUGACGCACAUACGCCCUUAGACGAAUUGAAAGAAAUUCUUGAAGACGCGCACAAAGUCUCGGAGGUGAAGACAGUUCUUCAUUGGUUUCGCUCCAAAGACUUGCGUAUCAACGACAACAGAGCCUUGGACGCCGCUUCCAAGAUUGCGAAGGAGAACAAAGCUCCACUGAUUACCGCAUAUCUUUAUUCACCAAAGGAUUUGGAAUGGCAUGGAACCAGCCCUGCACGAUCAGAUUUCAUUAUUGAGUGCCUCCGGCUCAUGAGGGAACAACUGAGCGAGAAGCAUAUUCCUUUAGCCAUCAUUGAGGCACCAGAGCGCGGAGACAAAACAGAGCAAAUUGUGUCUUUCGUCAAGAACAAUGACGUGUCCCACGUAUACGCAAAUCUGGAAUAUGAAGUUGACGAGUUGCGACGCGACAAGAAAAUCACAGUUCAGCUGAAGGAUGCAGGCAUUGCCGUCGAACUCGUGCACGAUCAGACUGUACUAGAACCUGGCGUUAUACUUAACGGAAGUGGCGGUCCACACAAAGUGUUCACCCCAUAUCACAAAGCGUGGCUCUCAAAAAUUAGCAGCAGUCCGGAUCUUCUGGACCUCUAUAGCGAUCCAGAACCUAACGAGAAAUCUGUACUGAGCAAGUACAGACCGCUAUUUGACACAGCGCUUCCAUCGUUACCAGAGAACAAACAAUUUGGUUCCAAAGACGAACGCGAUCGAAUUCGUAGACUGUGGCCUGCUGGCCAUGAUGCGGGUAUGGCGCGACUCGAACAUUUCGUGACCAACAAAUUACAGACAUACGCAGAGACCCGCUCCAAUCCGGCCAAAGACUCCACGAGUCGCUUAUCGCCAUACUUCUCAUCUGGGGCAAUCAGUGUUCGCGAGGCUUUAAAUAUGGCAAGGAAGCAGAACGGGGGAAGCACGGAUUUCAGUGAGUCGAGUGGCAACCGUGGUCUUGCUGCGUGGGUCCGGGAGAUUGUGUUCCGCGAGUUCUACAGACAGGUUGUGGUUAUUACACCUCACACUGUGAUGAACCUGCCGCAAAACCUCAAGUUCAAUUUUGUGCAGUGGGAGGACGACAAAGAAGGAUGGGAGAAAUGGUGCGGAGGAAAUACAGGCGUUCCCCUGAUUGACGCUGGUAUGAGGCAUCUGAAGGAAGAAGCCUGGAUGCACAACAGGUUGCGGAUGAACACCGCUAGCUAUCUCAGGAAUAACCUGCUCAUCGAUUAUCGACGUGGAGAACGUUACUUUGCAGAGCAUUUAGUGGAUUGGGACGUCUGUAACAACACGCAGGGAUGGGAGCCAAGUUAUACUGUUUUCAAUCCUGUUAGCCAAGCAGAGCGCAACGACAAAGAUGGAGAGUACAUCCGAAGAUGGGUCAAGGAGCUGCGAGAUGUCGAAGGAAAAGCGGUGUUCGCUCCACAUGAGAGACUAAGCAAGAGUGAGUUUGAAAAGCUAGGAUAUCCGCGGCCGCACGUCGAUUUCAAUGAGACAAAAGAAAGGGCGGUAGCAAGGUAUAAGCGUGAUCUCCACCGCGCUGAUCCAUAA